AAAGACCACAAAAAUCUAUAUUUUUUUCUCCCUUGAUCUUCUCCGUCCCUCGUUGGUGUGCUCUCAAUCGCUGGUUUUCCUUUCUCAUUGAGAUUUUUGGGGUUAGGGUUUUGAUGCGGCAUGGCAUCUUCGGAUGAUGAGCAGGAGACAUUGCCAUAUUCCGUCACCGGUUACUAUUUUUUAGAUGAUAGCGAUUCACCUGUCUCUUUUGAAGUGUUGCCUAUUCAAUUUGAUGAUGCUGGAGAACCAGACGCUUGUGAUAUUCAAGUGUUUUUGCACGGCAGUGCAGAUGGUGGUCUUCAGAAAAUCUGUAAGCAGGUGAUUGCCUGGAAGUUACAGCUCCAAGGUCAGCUGCCUGAAGUUUAUGUGCUAUCAAAGGACAAUCUCUGGAUAAAACUCCAGAAGGCUCGGAAGAGCUAUGAGGAGAGCGUCAGAACUACUUUGGUCACAAUACAAGUGCUACAUUAUUUGAGGAAAAAUCCCGAAACAUCUGAAAAGAUUCUCUGGGAUCAUCUUCGCAAAAAGUUCAGUGUUUUCGAUGUCAGACCUUCAGAAGGUGACCUUUUGAAUCACCGUUCUCUAAUCAAGCAUUUUUCUGAGAGAGAUGAGAUUUUGGGGAGAUCCAAGAUUGUACCAAUUCUCCUUGCUUGUGGUGAAGCUAGAAAAACAAAUUCUCUAGAGGUUGUUAAUAAAGAUCAGGAUAUGAAGCCAUUUAUCGUUGAGGACGUUGAGUUUGAUGAUUCCGAUGAAGAGUCAGACUUGUUUGAUUCGGUUUGUGCAAUUUGUGAUAAUGGUGGUGAACUUUUGUGUUGUGAGGGGAAAUGCUUGAGGUCCUUUCAUGCAACAAAAAAAGCAGGAGAAGAAUCCAAGUGCAAAUCCCUUGGCUUCACCAGGGCUGAUGUCAAGGCUAUUCAAAGUUUUUUGUGCAAGAACUGUGAAUAUAAACAACAUCAAUGUUUUGCUUGUGGCAAAUUGGGCCCUUCUGAUAAAUCAAUUAAUGCAGAGGUAUUUGAAUGUGUUAAUGCUACUUGUGGCCACUUUUACCAUCCUAAAUGUGUAGCAGAGCUAUUGUUUCCAGAAAAUAAGGUGGAAGCUUUAGAGUAUGAAAAACGCAUUGCAUCAGGGGAGUCCUUUACAUGCCCAGUCCAUAAAUGCAAUAUUUGCAAACAAGUAGAAAAUAAAGAGGUCAAAGAACUGCAGUUUGCUAUAUGCAGGCGAUGCCCAAAAUCAUACCACAGAAAGUGCUUGCCAAGAAAGAUUGGCAUUGCCUCUGAAGAUGAUGGACAGGAAGGCAUUGUACAGAGGGCAUGGGAGGGUCUGCUUCCCAACCGCAUUUUAAUAUAUUGCUUGAAGCAUAAGCUCGAUGGAAAACUUGGAACGCCUAUUAGGAACCAUAUCGUGUUUCCUCAAACAUCUGAAGAGGAAAAACUCAUUGAUAUGCAAAAAACCAAGGCUAAGAUUCCAGCAAAGAAGGUAAAAGAGGCUUCUGGUGGCACACCCAAAGAAUGGGUUUCUUCGAAGCCAAAGAAAGUGGCUGAGAGACACUCCAGUGCAGAAGAAAUGCUCCCUGCAGAAAAAAGAGGCGGAAGUAUUGGUGAACAAUUUGUUGACCAUCAAAAGAAGGUGAAACCUUUGAAAGAUGGUCCACAACAUGAUUCACGCAAUUUUCCUCAGCAUUUGUCCGAGUAUGAGAAAUCCUCAAAAGAUCAGCCCAAAAAUUCAGUAACUGCUGUCGCUCCAGCACCUAUUGGAAACGAAUUUGAUAGUUCAUUUCCUUCAAUUGAUACAGAAACUCAGAAAAGAGUUCUGACUUUGAUGGAAAAGGCUUCUACUUCAAUAACUCUUCAAAGCAUCAUUAAAAAGCGGGUCAUGCCAUCUACUCAUGCAUAUUCUGCUAGGCAUGUUGACAAGAGCAUUUCAUAUGCGAAGGUUGAAGGUUUUGUUGAGGCUAUCUGCACAGCUUUGAAGAAUGUAGAAUGCAGUGGCAGUGUUGAUGAUGCCAAAGCUGUAUGUCAACCUGAGAUUCUGAAGCAGAUAGGAAAAUGGAAUAACAAACUCAAAGUCUAUCUUGCACCUUUUCUCCAUGGCUUGCGGUACACGUCCUUUGGUCGCCAUUUCACAAAAGUUGACAAGCUUAAGGAGAUUGUGGAUUUGCUCCAAUGGUAUGUUCAAAGUGGUGACACGAUUGUUGACUUCUGCUGCGGUGCUAAUGAUUUCAGUCAGCUGAUGAAGGAAAAGCUAGAGGCUGUAGGGAAGCAGUGUUCAUUUAAAAAUUAUGAUGUCAUUCAGCCUAAGAAUGAUUUCUGUUUUGAAAAGAGAGAUUGGAUGAAGGUACGACAAAAGGAUUUGCCCACAGGUUCACAGUUGAUCAUGGGGCUUAAUCCUCCUUUUGGGGUCAAAGCAUCUCUAGCUAACAAGUUCAUUGACAAGGCUUUAUCUUUCAAGCCCAAACUUCUUAUUCUUAUUGUCCCCAGUGAAACUAUAAGACUUGAUGGGAAAGAACCAAAAUAUGAUUUAAUUUUGGAGGAUGGUGAAAAGCUUUCGGGGAAGUCAUUCUAUUUGCCUGGAUCUGUUGAUGUGAAUGAGGAGCAACUUGAGCAGUGGAACUCGAAACCACCUAUACUUUAUUUGUGGAGCAGACCAGACUGGACUGCAAAGCACAAAGCCAUAGCUGCAAGGCACAACCAUAAAUCCACUGGGCAGCGUGAGUCUUCUACCGAUGAACCUCAAAAUGAGCCAAUAGCUGAUGCAAGGCUGCUCUAUGAAGAAGGAAAUCAUGUUACGGGCGGAGAGAUCAAGGGUCCCGACCAUAGCAGCAAGGGGAAGGCAGCAGGUAACGAUCGGGUUUGCAGAGAAAGCAGCAAAAUUGCUGAGCAUAGUACCAAGAGGAAGCCAGCAGAAGAGAAUCGGGCUAGCCGAGAGAGCAGCAAAAGUGCCGACCAUAGAACCAAGAGUAAAACUCAAAAAGAAAAUGAAGUUAAGGGAGAUGAUAGCACCGGUAUUGAUCAUAGCAAAAAAAGGAAGUUGUCAGGAAAUGAAAAAGGUGGAUCUGGUAAUAGGGGUAAAUUACACAGGACAGAAUCAUUUGACAGGGGUAUGGUGGAUGAGACGUCGGACAUGAGCAUCUCACCACCUUUUGAAGCUGUAUGCAGAAACCCGCUUGAUAUUGGCCAAGCGUCUGGAGCAGCAACUGAAACCCUCUUCGAAGCAAUAUCAAGACACCAACUCGAUGUUCAUCAAACAUCCGGAGGAGUUGAAAAACCCUUUGAGAGUGAUGUCCCUCGCAAUAGUUUCUCUGAACUCAGGUCAGAUUUUGGAACAGGAUCUGGAGGUUUGCGUAAUACUACCGGUUUCAAUGAUGACAUUGAUGGAGUUGCAAAUAGGUAUGCUUUUAAUAACGGUUCUUUCUAUCGAGCUAGUAGCGAACUUCGUGGUUUUGAUCAUCACAUGCGAACUUCGGAUGACCGGCCAUCUAGUUACAGUAGAGACGGCUACAUUGAUGUUUAUGGCAGAAGAUCCCUCACCGGUGAUUUGGAAAAUUACGGACGAUUGCCAGAGGUGGAUUUACACUCUCAGCACGGGUUAUAUAACCAGCAUGGUGUAUAUGAUUCGGCACCAAUGAACCGAUAUCCAGUGAAUGUUUUGGAUUCCAUGAUUCACCAGCACCCUCCAUCAAUGGGUCCGCCAGACUCCUUUGGACAGUAUCCUUCAUCGGUGGUUGCUCCAGACGUAGUGCGAAGCCUGUAUGUUCCACAGCCAAACUAUAGGCUGCCAAAUCCUGUUAUGGGAUCAUCAGCAAUGCAACGAUACGCACCUCGUCUGGACGAAACAAACUUUGCACCAAUUCCCGGCAGGAGUGGCUAUUUUGAUUCGCCAGACAUUCGCAGAGGCACGCCUCCUGAUUCAAUGGGAUUUGCACCUGGACCACACCAAUCAUACUCGCAUCAUGGUUCAUCCGGUUGGCUCGACGACUGACGUUAGCCUGUCCACACUCCCGGCCAUCUCCGCCAUUUUGGUUUGCCUAAAAUUGUGCCAUGCUUGAAAGAUAUGCUCUCCCGGAUGUCAUUCGCCGCAAUGCUGACAGACGAAUUUCCCCGACAACAUGCUCUAUUAAAAUCUUGUCAGUUUGGUAGCUUGGGGUGUAAAAUUCAGGCUUUAAUUGUUCUGUCCCUUGCCAAAAUUGACUCUGAAAUUAGUGAAACCUUCAUAAGUUUAGUUUCUGUUUGUGUCUGUCAGUAAACUUGGUGUAUGGUUAUCAAAUGUUGCAAUGGCAAUUUUUUAAGUACUCAGAAAAGUACCAAUGUUUGUUUCCA